UACACUAUGAUGUACUCUUUCGCCAUGAUGAACAUUGAAGAAAACAAUAUGAUGAAGUCUCUAGUAAUAGAAAAGGAUAAAAUUAUAAACUCUUUAAAACAGUCUACCAAAGAUUUAAAGGAGGGCAAGAGUAAAAUGGAAGAGCAGAUUGAGACACUUGCUAAAGAAAAUCUACAAAUGAAGAGUGAUGCCAAAUAAAAUCAGCAGUAGCAUAAAGGAAGAAAAGAAACAAAUCUGAGAAGAGAAGAAACGAAUCUGAGAAGAGAAGAAACGAAUCUGAGAAAAAAAGAAACAAAUCCAAGAAAUAAAGAAACUAAUCCAAGAAGAAAAGAAACAAAACAAAGAAGAAAAGAAAUUAAGCAGAAGAGAAAGGAAACAAAAGAACAAAAAUCAAAGAGAAAUAGCUGCUCUCAAUGAAAAAAUUUAAGUUACUGACUCAGAAAUAACAACACUUUAACUGAAGAAAAUAUAUCCCUAGAUAAAGAAAACGAGUCUUUAAAUUCCAGCACAUCAUACCUUAACUCUUCCAUUCAUACCUUAAAAAACCAAGUAAUUGCUCAAAAUAACGAAAUUGCCAAUCUAUCCGAUUCAGUCAGCUUCUUCAAGAAUCAAACCCAACAUCAAUGAGAGACAAUAGCUAAACUCCAAAAGGAGGCUGGAGAAAAUACUACUGCAAUUUUGAAGGCAACUAUUGAAAAUCUAACAAAUACAAUUGUUGAGCACGAAGAAACUAUUGAAAACUGAAAUAGAAAGAUAAAGAAUCAAGCUAAACAGUUAGCAGAUCAAACGAAUAAAUUUAAUAGCCAAAAGAAGCAAUUGAACCGCUUUAAGAACUUAAAUAAAAAGAAUACAAAGGAAAUUGAGAAAAUGAAGAAAGAAAAGGAGGAAAAAGAUGAAAUUAUAGAUGGAAUAAUGGAGAGAACAUCUGUGAUGGAGGCUCAGAUUAUUCAAAUUGAUGAAUUAAAAUCUGAGAUCCAAAACAAAGAUCAAGAAAUUGAGAGCCAGAAGUGCUUACUCAGAGAAGUACGAGAGAAAGCGGAUGAUAGUAGCAUGAGUCUUUCGUUUGGUAAAAUGUUUCAAAAGAAACAGGCUGAAAUAUUUUCUAUUAACAAUGCUAUAUCUCAAGCUUUUAAAAACAAGAAAAUUCCAAAAAGUUUUUUCAAAGAGACAGAUCGGAAAGGGAUUAAAAAUCCUCAAUCUCUGAUAAGAGAGCUAAAUUCUAAAAUCUCUGCUCUUGAGAAGCUCAGUGAGGAGCUUCAAGAUCAUCCUAUCCAAGAUUCCCCUGCUACAGAAGAGCUGAUUUCCCAAAUCGAAAAGAUAAGAUCCUACUUUGAAUGUCCUAUCUCUCUUGAAAACAUAGAAGCACCUAAAAUAUGCCCAUCAGGUGUAACCAUUGACAGUAAGAGCUAUAAGAAGUUGGUUGAAGGUAAGAUGAAAGACCCGUUCUCUGGGGAGGAUUUAAGGAAAAAACCUAUUGCUAACAGAUUUAUGGCAGCUGUCAUAGAAAUUUUGGAUAAUUUACCUAAGACCUCCAAUUAUGAAGAGACGAAAGAAGAUAUUAGUGGAUAAUCUUAACGUUUCAACGCUCAGG